AUGCUUAAGGAAGAUUAUGGUUACCCAGAUACUCUUGACUUUAGUGACAGAUAUAAAGAAGCUAUUAGAAAGUUCAAGGAAGGAAAUACUGACCCGAACCUAUUUAGCUUUAUGGUUCAGCAUAAAAUCGGAUAUAAUCUCAAACCUGGAAAAUACAAGCUCGCAAAGGGAUAUGAUUUAAUAGCAUAUCAUCCAAAUGACAUGAAUGAAUUUACUCCGAGAUAUUUGAUGUCAGAGCUAAAUGAUAAUUCAACUCUCUUCAUGAAACGCGUAAAAAAUAGAGACGGAACGAAAGAAGAAAGGUUUAUGAGUCCGGAUGACUUAGAUAGGGAACUUGUUAAAAACGGUCUCGGAAUAUAUGAAAUGCCACCAGAUGAGGUACAAGAAACUCCACAGGAAGAAGUUCAGAUACAACCAGGCAUGGAAGAAAUAGUUCAGCAACAACAGCUAGAAGAGCCUGAAUGA